UGUACGUGGAUAAAAUAUUCAGGCGAUAAAUGAAGCAAACGAGCAGGAAUGUUGCAGACGUACGCGAUGUUGAUAACAAUAACAACGCAAUUUUCGUAUGAAUUUGUCUAUAAAAUUGAAAUGGUGAAUUUGAGUAUUUAAUACGUGUGGAAAUCCGUUACAUUAACAACGAAAGGCGUAACUAUGGAAAGCUGCUAGACAACCAUUUUAAAGCAUGAGCGCUGGAAUGAAAAUCAGGAGAUACGCAGCAUACACGAUCCGCAUCCUGAAAUAGGCAAUCAUGCUGAAAGCAGACUACGAACUUCAGUCCUGGCCGGUUAUACGCGACUAUGCAGUAAUGUCAAAGAUAUUGUAUGGCAAGUGGUUGCCACACAGGAGUCGAGUGUAAGUAAGUUCCGAGGAAAAGGAAAGAAAAACAACGCAGAAAAGGGUCACAUACACCUCAUCUUAUGCAUUGUAUAGCUUUCUUAUGCCAAACACAACAUAAUUACAGCUUAAACUGUUUGUUAAUAACAGCUUUACUCGCACAUUUACAUUAAAAGGUAUUUCCUAAAUCAGCGCCAGCCGGACGUUUUACUACGGCAACACAAUAGCCUAGCAAGUUUGACAUCCUGUGAUUACAUGUUGGCACCGUGUGAGUUAAUCACUUGUUACAGUUGCUGUUAACUAUCCAUUCGAUCACGUUACCGGCCUAUCAUGUUCCGUCACUAGUCAGCAUUGAACUGUUGCUAAAAUCUCGAGCAGUGUUGACGGCACAUUCGCUUACAGACGGGGUCCCCCACAUGGACACGAACAAUGCUGACUCGGCCAUGAAAUUCAGUUGAAGCAAACAUACGUAGUCGAAACGGAAACCGCAGAUGGGCGGACUGCACUAUCAGAGUUCAGGCGGUCCAUAGCUACAUUGUCUUCUUUGGCUCUUCAUUCCCAGUGAAUCGUGCGCAUCGUCCGAAUCAGCCUGUGUGUGAGGUUCCGCUAUGGUCCAGCUGCCACGCCGGCAACAAUCAGUCUAGCUUUUCUCUUUCUUUAUCGCUUUCACAAGUUCUUUUUUUAGUGAGUGUGCCGAAAUGACUUUGCGCAAGUCCGUCGUAGCGGUGCCGGCAUCAGCAACGGUACCGAUUAGUUUCUGUCGUGGCCGAUAGUAACUGACUGGCUGCGUGACACACAACCGCUGCCGUCAUAGAGACAGGCGCAGCGUACAUGAACGCUUCAGUCCUCUCUAUUCGCAUUGAUGUCGUUGGACUCCUCUCGACUUUAAAGAGAUGCAUAACAUUAAAUCGAUAGUAGACAACAUACGUUUACAUUAGAGUCACGAAUACGGUGGUCAGAAGACGGAUUUUCACGCAAUCCAUUUAGAUACACAAACUGCCAACAUUUUGUUGCUGCACAUAUAAGGGACAAGUGGUCGACAACGUUAAGAGCUAUGAAACAGACCAGUGUCAACAACGAAAAUAACAGCGGCAACAGUGGCUUCGAAGGCAGGAAGAAAUGACAAGGGAAAAGUCAGGUGCGUCCUCUUUUGUUAUACUCUCAAUGGAAAACACAAGUACGGUGUAGACAACGAUAACCAACGUUGAGUGAACCGAAUUGCUCGUUUGUUUUCGCCUGACUUCGAUAGACUAAGACAGGCUAAACCAAUGUAGUAGCUCGCUCAUGUGCAUUAAGAUUUACCGUAACCUCGCUAGGGCAGAUAUGCCUUGAUGAACGUUUGAUACGCCUAGGUCGAUCACGUUUCUUAAUGUUACUGCUAUUCGCCGUAGCCACAAUAGCUAUGAGUGGUAACGACAUGUGUCGUCGGCUACGAGAAUCGGUGAAGCUCAACGGAACAGCUUUGCAUAAGAGCUUAAUCCUAAUUUCGAGAAAAGCAAUCGUUGGAUUAACAGUGAUAAUAAGACGAGUUGUGAACCAAGAAAGCAGAGAGGCAUUGCCACAGGCGGGGAAGGAGGGGCAGUGAUGCAUUCGGUUGGUAGAGCAAAGGCUCUUAUUAAGAUAUUAUUAACCCCGGCUUUUGCCGCGGACCCAAGCUAAGGGAUCAAUCGUUGUCGUAGAUUACCUAUUUAGCACGUCAGUCGGUCGAAGCGUCAACUAGUAAUGCAUUUUACAUCCUUGUGGUUCUGGAGGAAACAGCUGAAAACUAUCGGAGUGUGGGCGCAACCGAUCACAAGGUUACGAGAUGUUGUUACUGAGGUAGACUCUACCAUGGACGAUGCCUGGGAAAUGUGAUAGCUUCAACGGCUUUUUCUUUUGGUCUACCUUUAUGUCGAAAGAUUCGCGUCCGACCAGCGAAUCAUUUCGACCGACACUAUGGGGUUAGUACCAAGUUCCGAAUUGGUGGCACACGAUAAAAAACAAUAUCGCGACAUACUCCUAGGAUUGUUUCGCUCCGAAAGUUACCCCGAUUCGAAUAGAGCCUUUUAUCGACGUAUGGAAUCGACGCAAAGACGACAUAAAGAAGAUCGCAACGGGGGUGGCAGAGGAUCUGGACCCGAAUCGCGCGGAAGGCCGUGGUCACGCUUGUUCGAACGGGAAUGUCCCACCCGUGCAAAUGGGUCAGGAAAGGAUCUAGCAGGAUCACUCUUCGUGAAUUAUGGACGCUCCAUGCCGCUACUGCCGACCACAGUGUCACAGUGCAACCUUACCGACGAUUCGUUUUCUUGCACAAAUUUGAGUGUCGGUCUAACCGGGUUCCCGGAGUUGCCAGCCAAGGUUAAAUUUACCCGACAUCACAGAAACCGGAUGAAUCACGAGCUGAGCUACGCAAUCGCGACUGCAAAAUCGAAAGUAAACCUUUCCGAGAUACACGAGGCGCUGUCCCGACAGGGAGCCGCACAACUGCCCGACGACGAGGAUUCGCGAUUUGUUGACAAUCCUUACGAAGUUGUCAUUGACAUUAAAACACCUCUGUGAAGAAGACACGGAUAUUGGAGACGAUGUUAUAAUAUGAAUAGUGCAAGAACAAACUUGUUCUUCAUACGUCAGUCAAAGUUCUAUUCAAAUACAUUAUUUCUUGCCGCUCUACCAAAGACGAGUUUCAUCGACUAUGUGAAUAUGCUAACUUCUUCUUAAAAUUAUACAUUUCUAAACUGUGUGUAAUGUCGUUUGAAAUGGUGGUCGCUUACAUGGACAGCCGCAACGCUCGGCGUCCGCUUACGUCGCCCUCGGAAAAGAGCUCAGUCUCUCACGAGCUGUGCAGGAUCUUGUAGUAUAAGCAUCAAUGGUUAUUUGUACUCGUGCCAUUUAUUUUUCUGAAGAAUCCCAAUUGAGAAUAAAAACAGCGAAAACCACUGAUCCUACGGUGCUGCGAAGAUCUGUCAUCAGCGUGCUUAACGAAUCUAUUUAAGUGACCUUGUCGUACAUAGAGAAAUACAUAUUUGAUGUUUUGCUUAAUGAAAACGAUCAGUUUAUCGAACCGUUGCUAAAAAUGAGCCGCUUUUGUAUCGUGAACAUGGCUUUCGUACGAAAUGAGGGGGUGCAUAUUUCUGAUGCCUAUUCACUACUUUCUUUUAAUUUAUGAUUUAUAGCCAUUAUUCCGAUGGUAACAUCCGCUGCUCAAAGUUAUGCUGAAAUGUUGCAAAAAAUGCUAGUCGUCAGAACGAAUUCUUUGUUUUUUAAACGGCGUUUGUGUAGCGCCGCUAACGGGAUUAUAGCUAGUUCAAGUUGUGGUUCGAUUGCGUAUGAUUAAUACAUUCUGGGUAUGCCGAAGUAGCUUGAAGAAAUUUCAAGAAGCUCGUCAUUAGAAACUUAAGUAGAUAUGUAUACAAUAUGCAAAUUUUCCUUCAUAAACAAUUCAUAGGCGUGUACGCGCCAGCCAGAAACAGCUAACUCUCCGUCCAGAAAUCGUUUAACUACUGUAAAUGCUUAAUAAAGUUCUUAAGCAUUAUUAGACUGUUUCAGAUACACAUUGACACGAAGAGUAUAACUACUGCGUUAACAUGUUAAAAACAAACGCCCUCUUAUGUCUAUUCUAUCUUACCUGUAGGACCUCAAUCGGCUAGAAUACAUCUUUCAGCCAUAGUAUAAGCUUAAUCUUUUAUUUAGUUUGGGAUAACACCGGCACUGAUAGGCAAUAGUAUUGCGUCGUAGAAUAUGGAGUGAAACAAUUAUAAUGCAUUGUAAAAAAGAAAACUAGCGGGUACAGUUACUCUCAACCAGUGUCUCGCCCAUAUGCAGGCCUUAACAAAAUAGGGGCUAGGUACUAGAGUACCACUAUGCUAAGAAGUAAAAAUAAACAUCCGCGUUUGAAUAGAAAUAAUCCUCAUAACGCAGAUGCUCUGUAGAUGAGUCGGCUGAUCGGUUUACAUUGUACAUACACACGUAUACAUAAAAUGUGCUACUGGAAACUCGAUGAUUCUCACCGCCACCGUUGAAGGUACGGGAGCGCGAUGGUGUGAGACGACAAUUGCCUUGUUAUCUUAACUUGAUAUUUUGUGGGACUGCAUACUAAAAAAUGCAAAUAAACAAAUAUUAAGAAUACAACGGAAGUGAAUGAAUUGUCCAGAAGUGUGUGAUGAUUUCUAACUGUCAAUUGUAAGCGUAGAUAUUUAUAAAUGUGACAGCCCGAAAUUCUGUAAAGCUUGACUCGUUUUCAAAAAAUGGCAUACCUUAUUUGCUAUGUUAAAACUUGUUGCAUCUGCAUAGCCAGUUUACUGAGAAUUUGCCUAUGUACAUGAUUCGCUAGAUUACUCGUACGAUCACAUCGGUAGGCUAUUGAGAGUAAAGACUCGUUUGAGUCUAAGCAAUAGGCGCGCAAAUUCAAAUCAAGCAAGCGCCACGUCCUGUUACUAGCUAAAGUCUGCUUGGGCCGCUCACAGGAGUGGCGAUUCAUUCUUGCAG